UUCACACUCAUCCCUUUGGCUUCUAAAAGCUUUAGUCUUUUCUUAAGAGUUCAGAGACAUGGCUCUCACAGCAGCUCCAAAGUUCUACACCAUCGAGUCUGCUGCUUAUCCUGGCUAUUGCAUUACUCAGCAAGGCACCCAGAUUGUUCUCAGGUCCAAGGACGCGCUCAACCCCUUCCAGCUGUGGUACAGGGAUGAGUCAUGGAACUUGCUGAACCAGGAAUUCAGGGACAGCUCCGCGUUCGUGUUUGUAAACCACGGCUCUAAGAAAGCUCUCCGGUCCCAGGCACACUCAACGUCUCGAAGCAAGGCUACUAUUGGAGACUAUGAUCCGGCAGUCCAAGACGAUCAUCUCCUGUGGCGUAUUUCCGGGAGCCACGAAAAUCAAGUCUUGAUCACCAUGACUGGAAACAAGUCAUCUUAUCUGAGCCACACUUCCUCAAGUGCUAGCUUCAAGGAUGGGGUGCCAGUGGUGACAUCCAACAGCGAUGGAAACUCCCACUGGAAGCUCGUCGCUUACGAGCCUUCUCAAGAGUACAGGAUUAUAUGCGACUGGUAUGAGCAAUACUUGACUUGGAAGCAGCAAAAUGUGGACGUAACUUUCAAGAAUGCAAUCAAGCACAAUGACGAGACAAAUGUGGUGGCUAUUAGUCCAAACAACGUUCCUCUCGACGGCAUGACAUGGUACAAGGUUCCCGCUGGAGGAAGAGAUGAUACCACGUACUUCACCUCGUUCGUUCUCAUAAACAAGGUGACUGGUCUUGCUCUCAAGGGGUCAACCAAGCCGGGAGACAAGGUGCUCUUGACUCAAUAUGAUCCUCUCGACUACGGUUUCGUGUGGUCUGAGAACCGAUUCCAGGCUUCAAAAACGGACUAUCUCGCGAUCAAUCUGGAUGGAACAAACUUGCAGUGGUCUCUGCAGGACAACAAUCAGUACCAGAACAGUGCGUGGUAUCAUCCUCUCGUGCUUCGCCCGGCAUCUGCAAACCAAGGAUUUGUUCAGCAGCAGGCAUGGAAAUUCAAUCCAGUGGUGAACAAUGUUUAGCUGGGACUUUUAUGUUCAUAAAUGAGAUGAGAAGAUGCUAGAUCUAUGCAUGAAUGUUCAUAUGAAUAAUUACACUUCUAAAUGUUUAAUCAGCUGCAGUA